UAAGCGAGCUGGAGUGACGCGUUUUCGGGUUGCCCUGGAAACUACCCGCCUUUCCAGCCCAGUGAGGGGAAGACGCGCGGAUUCAAGAUGGAGGAGGACUUAGAUGAGCUCUUGGACGAAGUGGAGAGCAAGUUCUGCAGGCUCGACCCGCUGAGGCUGGGCCAGGGCGAGCGGCCCAAGGGCUACGGCAGCGGCGGCGGUGGCACCCACGGCGACGACGGGAACCAGGCGCAGGCCAAAGAGAAUCUCAGAUCAACAGAAACAUGUAAAAAAGAAGAAGAUCUUGACAGUCUUAUCAAUGAAAUAUUUGAAGAGCCUGACUUUGACAAAAAAUCCUUUCAAAAAUUAAAAUCUAAAUCUGCGGGUCACACAUCUGUCGGAGCUUCCAUUCAAGGCCUCAGCAAAAGUUGCAGUCCAGUGUAUCUCAGUGGAAGCGCUGUUCCAUAUGGGAUUGGAACAAACACUUCACAGAGAGCAUGUGACCAUCUGCGUUGUAUAGCUUGUGAUUUCCGGAUAGUAAGCUACAAUGACUGCAUGUGGGACAAAUCAUGUGAUUACCUGUUCUUCAGGAACAACAUGCCAGAAUUCCACAAACUAAAAACAAAGUUGACAGCGAAGAAAGGGGCCCGAGCGUAUGCCUGCCAGUGUAGCUGGAGGACUGUUGAGGAACUGACUGAACUGCAGGCGCAGGCGCAGCUCCGAUGGGUUUGUGGUAAACAUUAAGAACGCAGAGCUUCAUAUUCAGAUACUGUGUCUGUGAGCGCCACCUCUGCUGGCCAUAGUUAGGUCAUGCUAUUUAGCAGUAUUGUGCCCUUUGGAAAAGGCAGAGUUUCAUUUAACUACACAGAUUUUUGAAGACCAAAUGAAGUGGGGAAGACGGAUGUACUUUGGACAUUUUUUUUGAUAUAUGGGUGUUUCACUUAGUAGAUUAAAAAAAUAUAUUCUUUAUUAGCAUAUCUCAUAUUAAAUGGAAUUUUAAUUGUGGAGUUCCAUACAAAUUUACAGAGUUUCAUUAGCAACUGCAGUACUGACUGCUAAAUGCACUUAGUGAAACAUUCCUCGGGUAUCACUGUGGAAGAGCACAAAGCUGGCCAGGCCAGAGAAGUUGCUGUAUGAGAAUAUUGGGUUCUUCCUGCAGUCUGAUCCAUUAUUGCCAGAGACCAGUUUAGACAUGAGGAAAAUCAAAUGGCUAUUGGUGACCUGAAGAGUCUCCAGGAGUGUAGCUCUGCACAAAGCUCUGCCUCGUAUGUCAUCUGCCUCACCAUCUCAACUCAGUAUUCUGCGUUUUAGCAUACUUCUUCAUCUUUUGCUCAUUUAAAUAGAAAAACCUAUGUAGUUUUCUAUUAGCAAAUAUCCAUUUAUAUAUAAAAGACUUUUUUGAUGCAAUUAAAAUUACAAAAAUCCUAUAAGGAUGUGUAGGGCAUUGUUGGAGUUUCAGGUGCACUCCAGCUAUUAAUUCCAUCAAGUGAGUAUCAGAGAAUUUUUCAGGCAGCCUAUAGACUUUGUAGUAGGAUCAGAUUGCUACAUUACUUGUUAGGUAAAUACAUGAAGACAGAACUAAAGCUUUACUAGCCAGCAGGUCAGCUGUUCGGUUCCUGCCUGAUCCCACCUAGACUAAAGGAACACUAUAAUAGCUGCACAGUCAAGAAAUGAGUUGCCUCAGUUUCCACCGCCCCUCCUUAGAGACUGCAGGGGCUCUCCAAUCUGCCAAAACUGUACCGUGAGUCUGCUCUCCAUGCAUCUCCAUUAUUUGGUUUAAAUACAUGACACAGGGCACUCGGAUAGAGUGUAAGUUUUAGCACAGAUGUGAUCUGCUUGGUUUUAUGCUAACUGCAUCCCAGCCACAUUUAAUCAAUAUUUAUUCAUUAAAAGCCUUGUCCUAGGGUGGGCUUGGAAAUGUAGGUCAGUGGUGGAAUGUUUGCUUGGGUAGCAUUUGCCAAGCUCUAGGUUCAUGUCCUAGUACGGGGUGAGGGGCUUUUUCCCAACUGUGAUACACUUACACACUUGUAAAACUUUAAUCGCAACAAAGGAAGUCUCACAGUGGCUGAUGCUCUUGUUUUGUAUUAAAAUAUGUUCACAAAUGUUAUCUUCCAAUAAAUUUUUUUACUCAAAAUUA